CAUGUGGGAAUUCAGCUCGACGUUGACAUUCCUGUUUUCACUUGAUUGGCAUUUUACUUUUAAUUAAAAUCCUGUAUUUGACGUUCAUUUGCAUUUAAACUUGUUUUUUCUUUUUGAGGGGUGUUAUAAUAAAUAAUAAUAACAGUAGUGAGUCGGUUUACGUUGCCCCUUUUAUCGACAGGACGUCCAAAUUAACAAAUGGAAGAUGACGACAGCGUUAAGGGCGAUGACAACAAACUUCUAAAUAAUAAUAGUCACAAUAAUAAUACUAUUAAAACAGUGGAUGGCGACAGCGAAGACGGAGAAGCCACCGAGAAGCAACCUUUGUCCAAAAGGCAAAAGAAGAAGCUUCUAAAGCAGCAGAAAUGGGAGGAGGAGAGGGAUCUGAGAAAGCAGAGGCGCAAGGACAGGAAGCAGCAGCGCCGCCUGCAAAGGCAAAUCGACCGUCAGGAGAACGAGGGCGAAGACCAAAGCAGGGCCAGGAAGCGACUGCGGCGGGAGGUCACGCCCGCCUCGCUCAGGCUGGUGGUGGACUGCAGUUUUGACGACCUCAUGUUGACCAAGGAUGUGCACAAGCUUCACAAGCAGAUCCAGAGGUGCUAUGCUGAAAACAGACGAGCCUCGCGACCAGUCCAGUUUUACCUGACAAGCCUUGGUGGACAACUUAAACAGAGUAUGGAUGAAAAAGAUAAAGGAUGGAUCAACUGGAAGGAUAUCAGCAUUAAAUUGGAGCACUACAGCGAAGUGCUGGCCAAGGAGGAUGUGGUCUACCUGACGUCGGACUCCCCCAACGUGCUGACUGAACUGGACCACAAAAAGGCGUAUGUGAUCGGCGGGCUGGUGGACCACAACCACCACAAGGGUGUCACCUUGGAGCGGGCCCAGGAUCAGGGGAUCUGCCACGCCCAGCUUCCCCUCAGCAGCUUUGUCCAGAUGAACAGUCGCAAAGUUCUAGCCGUCAACCACGUGUUCGAGAUCAUCCUGGCGUACGUGGAGCAAGGCAGCUGGCGGGACGCCUUCUUCUCCGUGCUGCCUCCGAGGAAAGGAGCCAAGGCCGUGGCUCGGGACCCGGGAGGCGACGACCCCCGAGAAGAUGGACGAGAGGACCGAGCGGAGGGCCGCUCGGACCUCGACGCGCCCCCAUCGACCGACAAGUGAGCCCCAAACUCCUGCUACCGAAUUAUUUAUUGAGCUUGCUCCGGGCUCCUUCCUUAGUUGAAUUGUUAACACGACUUGACUUUUUAUUUCCAUUUUGAUGACUUUUGCUUUCUGAUUGUGCCAAAUCGAUUUAAAAUCCAACGGGAUGACAUCAUG